UAUGGCUGUGGGCCAUCUUGUCUGUUACAGACAGUGGGCCCAGCCCCACCUGCUCGGCGCACGUGGUGCAUUCGGUGCUUAGUACUUGAAGAUUGUGACAAUCUGGGUUCAGCAUUCGUAGUAAUUCUCCUGCUAAAGACCAAGAACCACAGCCCUUUUCUUCAACUCCGACAGUGAAAGAGGGUAGAAACGGAGUUUUCAAAAAGUAAAGAUGUCCAGCAACAGAUCUCCCAUUUUUCCAAUGCCUCAACCACAUCAUUUCAGCGAUUAUGGUUUCGACCCCCAAAUCGAUUAUUUCCAGAUCCUGGAAGAAGCCAGACAGGUUAGGAGAGAAACAAGGCCAGUUGAGGAAGCUUUGGAUUUCAAACUACAAAAACCCAUCUCAAGAGAAGAAAUAAAGAAGACAAAGAAGCGAAAGUGGUGGAAUGCGCUUUCGUUCUGGAAAUGGGAGAGGAGAGAAGAUCAACGACAGCAACAACAGCACCACCAUCUUCCACGGAGAGCGUUUUCGGGGCCCGUGUACGAGACGGAGAGCGGGUCGAGUACGCCGAAUCGGAGCAGCCGGCCGAGUUCGGGUCCGCUGGCGGGGUCGCUGACGCCGACUCGGAGUGGGGAUCUUGAGACGCCGUACUUGAAUCUGAGAGAGAUGAAUCCCGACGCGCAACAGCAUCGGGUCUCGACCUCUUCCCUGCCCGUAUAUUUCGUUACUUAAAAAUGUUUUUUUUUUUUUUCGGGUACUGAUAUUUACACCCACCUUGUUUGAUCACAUACGCCCUUUCUUUUCUAUUUUUGGUCAAAAAGUAAUACAAUUUCGUACGGUUGUUGGGUGGUUCGA